UAUAUAUAUAUAUAUAGAUGACUUGCACUCUUCCCACAUACUCAAACUCACCAAAAGACACACCCUUACUCUCACAUGGCGCGCCGCAAUCACUUCCUGAUUGUAAUCAAUUCCAUGAUCGCUGCUUUGUUCUUCACAUUGCAUUGUAUUGGAUGUACUGCUGCAGUUAGGGGGUCCUCGAACGGAGACGGUGUAGGGCAGUGGCAACUGCUUCUGGACAACACUGAAGUGGUGGCAAUGCAUAUGACGUUAACUCACCAUAACACGGUCAUUAUCUUUGACCAAACAGAAGCAGGCCCUUCUGGGCACCGGCUUAGAAGGCGCUACAAUGGAACUAGGUGUACUCAAUUCCGCAAUGACUUGGCAGACUCAUCAUGCUAUGUUCACUCGGUUGAGUAUGGCAUUUCUGGUAACAAGUUGAGACCUCUGAGGCUUUCCACUGAUACAUGGUGCUCCUCAGGUUCCUUCUUGAGCAAUGGGACACUUCUACAAACCGGUGGACACGGGAGCGGUGCUCAAGGAAUUCGAUACUUUAGUCCUUGUGGGGGAAAUGAUAACUGCGAUUGGAGGGAAUCGCGGCAAUCACUAGCUGAUGAUCGUUGGUAUGCUUCCAGUCUACUACUCCCAGAGGAGGAUCGGGUUAUUGUGGUAGGUGGAAGAAGAGUCUUUACUUAUGAAUUUAUACCAAAGCAGUAUUCCAAUGAAGGCUCUUUUGACUUUCCAUUCUUGCGCAACACACAUCAAAGAAGGCAAGGAGGAAACAACCUCUAUCCCUUCCUUCACAUUUGUCCAGAUGGCAGAUUGUUCAUAUUUGCCAACCGAGACUCGAUUCUCUUCAACUACAAAGAGAACAGGGUGGUCAAGCACUUCCCACGCAUACCCGGAGAUGGCUCCAGGAACUACCCGAGCUCUGGCUCGUCGGUCAUCCUCCCUUUACAUUACACAAACGGCUUUGAAAAGGCGGAGGUCAUGGUGUGUGGUGGUGCGGCCAGUGGAGCUUACAGUGCAGCAGGAGAUGGCAGGUUCUUGAAAGGUUUGACCUCUUGUGGAAGAAUGGUGAUCACGGGUAACAGACACAACUGGAACAUGGAGAACAUGCCCGGUCCACGCCUCCUAUGCGACAUGCUGCUCCUCCCAACCGGAGAUGUCCUGAUCAUCAACGGGGCUAAACGUGGUGCUGGAGGUUGGAACAAUGCAAGAAAUGCUUCACUCGAGCCUUACCUUUACCACCCAAACAAGACAGUAGGCAAAAGGUUUUCAGUGCUCAAGUCGACACGAAUUCCUAGAAUGUAUCACUCCUCAGCCAUUCUCUUACCUGAUGGGAGGGUUUUAGUUGCCGGUGGUAACCCUCACAAUAGGUACGUUUUCGAAAAUGUGGCAUACCCAACUGAGCUUAGGCUACAAGCAUUUGUUCCAGACUAUAUGGGUAGUCAGCACCAUCAAUUUAGACCUACUAAUGUGACCAUACACUAUGGCCAUAAUAAUUUUUAUUGUGUGAGGUAUGGAGGAGAGUUCAAUGUGAGCUUUAGGUUGGCGAGUAAGGUGAGCAAUGCGGUGGAGUUCAGUGCUUAUGCUCCGCCAUUCACGUCACACUCGAUAUCGAUGAAUCAGAGGCUGCUGAGGCUGAGGUGCAAGAGUUUGGUGCGGGGUCAAGAUGGAUGGGUAGGUGCAGUGUUGGAGGCUCCUCCCUCUCCUUCGGUUGCGCCAGCUGGUUAUUACUUGCUUACUGUUUUGAACGGUGGAAUUCCUAGUCUGUCUCAGUGGAUUAGGAUCCUAUAGAUUACUGGAGGUCGUCCUUGAUUUACAUGUACCAAAAUGUUAGAUGAGGACUAAUAAUAAUACAUGUAGAGAAGAAUAUCAACCAGUAUAUAAGAACUACCAUUUGUAAUAUAAAGCUUCAUACAUGCAUAAUUUUCACUAUAGCCAAA